CUGUAGCCAUUUAGCAGCCUUCUCUUUCUGUCUGUCCCUUGAAUUUGUACCCUUUCUUUCCCACAGCCUCUCGGAGACGGAAGUCGACUCUUGAUCUAUUCAGAAUGGACGGGAAGCACAAUGAAGAAGGCGGAGUACCCGGUCCAGACUUGGACUUGUGACUUGUCUGCAUCUUUAUGCAACACCACAGACUAAAACCCUGCUCGGCUUCAAAAGAGCGGAUGUGAGGCUUGUUUGUGUGUGCAGCAGAUUCAGACAUAAUCAGCUGAGGGUUAUUUGUAUGCUUGUGUGCGUGUGUGCAUGUCUGCAUGUCUGCCUCUGAAGGCACAGCUCUCUGACAGCAGUGUAAACCCAGUAAAACACAGUGGUGUGUCUUUCCCUCCCACAAGACUUGACUUAAAACCUCACACGCUGGCUGAUCAUAUGAUGUUGCCCUAAAGAGCCUGGAGGGGUACUUCUGCAACCAUCUGCAGAUUUCUCAGAUGUGUGAAGAGCUUUCGUAACCUGCUUCAGGAUCUCACACUGAAAGGAUUUUACAAAAUGAUCGUCCUUCUAACAGCAGAGGAGGCCGUAUUAUAAGCGAGACAACAUUUACAGCUACAGAAUCUGUCCCCUCAACAAAGGACUUGUGACUGAUGGAGGAGGAAAACCUGUUCUCCUCUCUGCCAGAUGUUACAAAUUCAGUCCUUCAGGAGCCUGAACAGGACUUGUUGACCCCUAUAGACCACCAGUACGUCAAUGGAGAACAGGAGGGCAUUGUGUGGGGCGAUGAAGAGGUUCAAAUGAACCAGGAACCAGAGAAAGAUCAGCGCAGCCUCUCCCCACACGCUGGCAGUGACACUCCAGACGAGGCAGAGCCGUGGGAGCAAAUAAUAUGGCCGCCGGUGCGCCCCAUGACCUGCACCAGCCCCCCGCUGUCCUUUGCCACAGUGCAGUGGGACAUGCCGGACUCCUCUGCAGAGACACGCAGCUUGGCCAAUGAGCUGGACUCUGUUAUCGGGACGAGUGUAGGCACCACUUCCCCAUCACCUCACCCAUCAGAAGACAUAAGUGAUGACAUUCUCAGCGAGGAAGACAGAGAGGAAGAGGAGGGAUUUGAUUCUGGGCUUCUGAACUCGGAUUUAGAGCUGAACGGAAACAACUUGCCGCCAUGUGAUGCCGAAGAUGUGCAAGAGCCGACGACACAGGAAGAGGAAGACUCAACACGAGAGCUGUUAGGCAGUAGCAACGAAAGUUUCCCUGACUCUCUGAGGACAGACUCAGAAGAAGAAGAAAAAGAAGAAGAAGAAGAAGAAGAAGAAGAAGAAGAAGAAGAAGAAGAAAAAGAUCAAGAGGAGGAGGGGGGUCAGUCAGAAGGCUUGGAGCCAGCCGCGUCUUUAGAAGUAAUCGAUGCUCUUGAGGAGAUCGAAGGCUCAGAAGACGAGGCGGAAGGUUUUGUGGAUUUACAGCUAGAAGAGGAACAGGAGGAGCCCGGGGUCCUGCUGACGAGAGAGGGAGACGUCGAGGAAGAGGAAGAGCAAGCAUCAGCGAAUGGUGUUGAGGCUGAGGAAGAGGAAGUAGAAGAAGAAAAGGGUGUGAGGAUUACCUGGACUGAAGAAAGUGAAAAGGCAGAAGCUGCAUGUUGUCUGAGUCGCGCGGAGGUCCCUGCAGAGCUACAACAAACUGAUGAAACCGGGCAAACUAUAAGCCCAGAUGAGCGAUUAGAUCUGACACAGACGGAGCUAUUGGAUGAAAAGAGGCACUCCGGGACUGAAGAGGAGCCAGAGAUACAAGGAGAAGGUUCCACAGGACUGACUGAAGAGCUAAAAAUGUGCAAAAAUGUGGAGCCUGAUCAGUCAGAGGCUGUGAACAGCAUAGAAGAACCGCAGGUGCAUGCAGCAGGUAAUGCAGAGAGGGUAGAGGAGGACUCCAAGGAGAUACUGGAGCUGACUGAAAAACUACAGGAGACAAGUUGUUUGGAACAUCAAGAUUGUGGGAAAAUGACUUCACAGGACGUAGAGAUGCCACAGCAGCCUGAACACACUGAGCAGCUCGAGGUGACUGAAGGGAAGGAGCAGAGCCAAGCAGAGGAGCAACACUCCGAGGACCAGUUAAGUCAACAUCUGGAGCAGAUGGAAUUAGAAGAAGUGUCAACCCAGACUGAAAAAGCAGACCUGCCGCAGGACUCGACUCUGUCAGAGCAGAUAUUUAGCACUGAAGCUGAAGACCCCGGCGCGGCAGAGCAGCAGGAACAGACGGAGCCAUCGGAGCAGAAUGAGCAGCGAGGGACCGGCGAGCAGCACGUGCAGUCCGAGAAGACAGACGCGUCGGAAAUAACAGAGCAGCUGACGCCUGGUAGCGAGGUCACGCAGCAGACAGCAGAGGCAGAGUUCACUCAGGAGGAGAAACAGGCUGAGAUGUCACAUCAGGCUGAGGAAGAGGACGAUGUAAAGGAUGAAAACGUGCAGACAUUUGCUUCAAAUGGAGUGCAAGCCAAGCCUCAUAUGAACGGAGGGGAGGUGGACAGAGAGGCGGCCCACCUCCUUGCUGGUAGGCUGUUUAAGUUGGACGGGUUCCAGCGUGUCGAGGUGGUGAAGCACAUUGACAAAGAUAAUGACUUCAGUCGAGCUGUCGGGGAGGAAUACCUUAAAUACUUUGACUUCACCGGGCAAACUCUUGAUCAUGCUCUGAGGUCUUUCCUGAAAGUGGUGAUUCUGAUAGGAGAGACUCAGGAGAGGGAGCGUGUGCUGCAGCACUUCGCAUGCCGCUUCCAUGAGAGCAACCCGGACUCCUUCUCCUCCUCAGGUGCUGUGUUGGCUCUCACGUGUGCUCUGAUGCUUCUCAACACUGACUUGCACGGACAGAACGUAGGAAAAUCCAUGUCCUCUUCUAAGUUUGUGUGCAACCUGGAUGAGAUGAAUGAGGGAGAAAACUUCAGCAAGGAUCUCUUGAAAAGUCUUUACAACUCCAUAAAGAGUGAACCGCUCGAGUGGGCUGUCGAUAAAGAGGAGUUGAAGAGCUCCAUAUUAAUGGAUGAAGAUGCAGGAGAAGACGCACAGCUGCGCUCAAAGUCAAACCCCUUCCAGGAUGUUCCUCACAACAAAACAGCCAAUGUGGUCAAACAGGGAUUCCUGCAGCGAAAGCUCCACGCCGACAUUGAUGGCAAACGCACUCCAUGGGGGAAGAGAGGCUGGAAGACUUUCUAUGGAGUGUUGAGAGGAAUGGUCCUUUAUUUACAGAAGGAUGAUUACAGGGGGGGUCAGAUGAUCAAUGAGGAGGUGGUGAGCAUGCAUCACUCUCUGGCCGAGCAGGCCGCCGACUACACCAAGAAGCCGCAUGUCCUCCGCCUGCAGACGGCCGACUGGAGGGUGUUCCUCUUCCAGGCCUCAUCCAGGGCAGAGAUGAAUUCAUGGAUCAGCCGCAUCAACCUGGUGUCGGCUCUUCACUCCUCGCCUCCGUUCCCCGCUGCUGUCGGCUCUCAGAGGAGGUUCUGCAGGCCGCUCCUCCCCGCCUCACACUCUGCACACACUCUGGAGAGUCAGAUGCAGUCGCAUGCAAAAAUGCUCGAGUCCUUCAAGACGGACCUGACGUGCCAGCAGCAAAACCUUCCAGAGGGAAAGAAAGCCAAAGCCAAGGAGCUGGAGGAGCAUCGAGUCAGAGCGGAGUACCUGCAUCACGAGAUGUGCCGCUAUGAGAUCUACAUCCAUGUGCUGGAGGCCUGGAAGAAAGCAAAGACGACAGACGACAGCGUGAUGACCACAGCAGACCUGAACACAUUUGAUAAAGCUGUGUGUGUGGACCCUGUCGGUGAGGGCGAUGAGGAGAGUGGCACCCUGAAAAAGUCCUACUCCAGCCCCUCCCUGGAGAUAGAGUCGCCUCCUCCGACCAUGAUCAAAGUCAGGCGCAACAUUUCAGAGAGACGGACUUAUCGCAGGACCAUAAUUCCCAGAUGGAAUAAAGAAUCUUGAAAGACUCAAGAGGUAACGCGACCCAAUAAAGACCCUUUGAAAAAGCAGAUUUAUAAAUCUUCUCUGAGUUCACAGAAUUUCAGGGUUCAGUUUCAUGAAGAGAUCUUAAAUCUUGUCAUGAUGUCAUUUUGUUUCACAAGUUUCUGCAAAUUUUGUCUUUUGCACUUUUAUGAAAACAAACCUCAGGGAAUCCCGAGCUGUCUGUCAGGAUAGAGGGACUGAUCCAUCUGUUGAAUGACUCAAAUCUGGACCUAAUUUAUUUCUUUUAUUGUGUUGACUUUUGGUCUCUUUAGGGAUAAAAAGGUACGAAUCGAAAUUCAUUUCUUGUUUCACAUUGAACAAAAUUAAAAUGCAAACCACUAGAGGGCGCUGUAGCACAGCUCAUCUCAGUGACUAGAGGGGCUUCAGGAUGUGCUGUCAGUUUUAAACUGUUUUGAAGAAUCUUAAUUGCACUAUUAUUGUUUAAAAUGUGUAUAAAACCUCGACCUUUGUUCUGUUAGUGUACAUGAUGUUAUUGUCGCUUAUUGUUCUCAAAUAAGUUUAUUUCCAACAUAUUCAUGUUUUUGUUCUCUCUGUGGAAAAAAAAUAAAAUGUUGUAAUGCUUUAAUCGAACAGCAUGAGCAAA